GUUCCUAGCAGCGUUAUUCUUCAGCUGCUUCAAUAGUGUGGGGAAGUCAUCCGCGCCCUACGAGGUCACGAUAAGAAGCGACUCCGCGCAUGUCGUAGCACCAACCCCCAAUCAUACUGUCCUCCUCUACAGAGCCACAUCAUUCAAAGCGGGAUCUCAAAAAAACUGUCCUGAAAUCCUACUGUCUCCUUCCAUCGGCUCAAUUCCUUGCCCAUCGCUGCUCUCACCAUGGUUCGCAUCAGUCCCUUCAAGGUGGAGGAGUGGAUGGAUCGUCUCGAGACAACGCCAGGCGUCCUCAACAUCGCCGAAACAUGCUGCGAAUCGGUCUCCGUUGAGGAUCUGUAUAAACUCGCGGACGGAGACUCACGUCCCCCGCCCCUGGACCUCACCUCCCGAAAGCUCACAUACGGUCACAUAGAGGGCUCACCCGACACGAGGCAGAAGAUUGCCGAUCUGUACAAGGACGGCAGCUCCCCAGAUCUAAAGUUGGACGACGUUCUCGUGACGCAAGGUGCCAUUGGCGCCAAUUUUCUGACGCUGUAUGCCCUCAUCGGCGCCGGGGACCAUGUCAUCUGCGUCCAUCCUACCUACGAGCAGCUUUACGAGGUGCCCAGAAGUAUCGGCGCCGAUGUCACGCUCUGGCGUUUGGAAGAGAAGGACUCAUAUAUCCCGAAUCCCACGCACCUAGAGUCUUUGGUACGGGAUAACUCAAAGAUGAUCAUCAUCAACAACCCCAACAACCCCUUUGGGACGACGAUUCCAAAGAGUGUACUCACCCAAAUCAUAGAUUUCGCCAGACCACGCGGUCUAAUCGUGAUGGCUGACGAGGUCUAUCGCCCCCUCUUCCAUAGCCUGCCCGAGCACGAGCCAAGCCCCCCUUCUAUUCUUUCUCUAGGCUACGACAAGACCAUCUCCACAUCCUCCAUGUCCAAGGCGUGGUCCCUGGCCGGUAUCCGAUUUGGUUGGAUCGCCACACGGGACGAGGAGAUCAUGACAGCCAUCAAGAGCGCUAGGAAUUACACCACGAUAUCCGUCUCUCAGUUGGACGACCAGAUCGCCGGGCUCGCUCUGUCUGCGGCCGUGCGGCCGAAUCUUCUCAGACGGAACAUCAAGCUAGCGCAGAACAACAUCGCACUGCUCGAGGCGUUUGUUCACAAGUACAGUGAGGUAUGCUCCUGGACUAAACCAACAGCCGGCACCACGGCUAUGAUCCGCUUUGAGAGGAGGGGUCAGUCGGUGAAGGAUGAUGAAUUCUGCCUCGAGGUGUUGGAGAAGACGCGCGUGUUGGUCAUGCCGGGAUCAACGUGUUUCGGGGAUGGGGAGUACUUUGAGGGAUACAUGCGGUUCGGAUACGUGUCUAGCACCAAUGUGCUCAAAGACGCACUGGGCGCACUCGGUCAUUACCUAGAGAAUGGGUUCGCUCAUGGCGGCUGAUUCGGCAGUCUUGAACCCAUGCGUCACGAGGCCCAUUCACAAAUGAAGCACCGAUAUGUGGUAGGAAAGUUGCAGACAAAUGUGACUGGAAUUAGAAUAACA